UUCCCCUUCAGGAAGUGGAGUAGAAAAAAAACUACAUUCGUCAGUAAGUCUGGGGCAACCACAACUUAGACAGUAAGCAGGUCAGGUGAAAUAAGGACAGUGAUUGCUAUAAAAUCAACAGAUCCCCUCCUUGGUACAACACAGGCCUACCCGGGGCGACACAUACACAGCAAGACUUUACUGCACAAAGCAGGCAACCAAGCAAAAUGACAAUGACUUUCCUGUGCAGCACAGCCAUGGUCAAGUCCCUGCUGCUGUUGAUGCUGGGGCUCACCCUCCUGAGGGAGGUGGAAGCUCGGAAAAAAAACAAAGCGGGGGAUGCUGCCCUCUGCCCUCCUCUGGAGGAAAAUGGUGUGAGGGUUGACAUCCGCAUCCUCAAUCAAAACCAGGGUGCUCCCUUCUCAAAUGACCUCCAGAACCGCUCCAGCUCCCCCUGGGACUACAGCAUCACCCGGGACCCCCAUCGCUUCCCCUCUGAGAUCGCAGAGGCCCGGUGCAGGCACGCAGGCUGCAUCAAUGCCCAGGGCCAGGAAGACAGCUCCAUGAACUCCGUUCCCAUCCAGCAAGAGGUCCUAGUCCUCCGGAGGGAGCCCCUGGGCUGCUCCCACUCCUUCCGGCUGGAAAAGGUGCGGGUGACUGUUGGUUGCACCUGUGUCACCCCCAUUGUCCGCUACAUGCGUGCCUGAGAGCUGUCCACCAGUUCAGCUGAAGAAUCCGUGGAAAUGCCCUCCCUUACCCGGUGCUCUGCAGCAAGUCCUGUGUGGUCCCAAUUCUCUCUGCUUCAUAGAACCUGCAUGGAAUUCCCAAAGCUCUGUAUUAGAUAUAGUAUUAACUUUCUUGGGGCUUCAAAUCAUAACAUAGUCCUGAGAUGUGCUAAUGUUCUGAUCCUCUGAAAAUGCAUGGAGGAGAAUGGAGCCCGUGGGCCCCUCUGUUUAUGCGUGGUGAUGACCGCUUUCUAGCCAUGCAGUCCCCAUGACACAGUGCCAUUCCCUGGGAGCUCUGUUAGUAAGAUAGGCCUCUAUGCACAUGGAUGAAAUGUAGAAAAUAUCACCAUGCUGUAAGAGUGUGUGUUGGGGGGCUGUGCAUAGGCAGGCAGGGUGGAAAGAAUGGGGAAAAGGAUCUAGUACAUAUGUUUAUUAAGCAUUUGCUAAAUAUAGAUGGUAUCCUAAUAUUUAUAUUUGUAAGGAAACUGUCCAUAUAUUUA